AAGAGAGCCAGAAGAGAAAAAAUUGUGGACAAGCAGCCUAAAAUAAUGGCAACCAGCGGUGCCAGCAGUGAGGAGGAGCGGAGCCUCCGGGAGUGUGAGCUCUAUGUCCAGAAGCAUAAUAUCCAGGCACUCCUCAAAGAUUCCAUUGUACAGCUCUGUACUGUUCGACCUGACAGACCCAUGGCAUUCCUUAGGGAAUACUUUGAGAGACUGGAGAAGGAGGAAUCAAAACAGCUCCAGGCUCUGGCUCUGCCGGUGCAGAAAGCUGUUAUCCUGGCUGAAACAAGGGAAGAAGAAAUUUCUCCUCCACCUCCCAACCCAGUGGUUAAGGGUCGGAGACGAAGGGGUGCUAUCAGUGCAGAGGUGUACACUGAGGAAGAUGCUGCAUCAUAUGUUAGAAAGGUUAUUCCGAAAGAUUACAAGACUAUGGCUGCUUUAGCUAAAGCCAUUGAGAAGAAUGUACUGUUUUCACAUCUUGAUGACAAUGAGAGAAGUGAUAUUUUUGAUGCCAUGUUCCCAGCUUCCUUUAUUGCUGGAGAGACGGUAAUUCAACAAGGUGAUGAAGGUGAUAACUUCUAUGUGAUUGAUCAAGGAGAGAUGGAUGUCUAUGUCAACAAUGAAUGGGCAACCAGUGUUGGAGAAGGAGGGAGCUUUGGAGAACUUGCCUUGAUUUAUGGAACACCCAGAGCAGCAACUGUCAAAGCCAAGACAAAUGUGAAAUUAUGGGGCAUUGAUCGAGACAGCUAUAGAAGAAUCCUUAUGGGAAGUACAUUGAGAAAACGGAAGAUGUAUGAAGAAUUCCUUAGCAAAGUAUCUAUAUUAGAGUCUCUGGACAAAUGGGAGCGUCUCACGGUGGCGGAUGCAUUGGAACCUGUUCAGUUUGAAGAUGGGCAGAAGAUUGUAGUGCAAGGAGAACCAGGAGAUGAGUUCUUCAUUAUCUUAGAGGGUUCAGCUGCUGUUCUACAGCGUAGAUCGGAGAAUGAAGAAUUUGUUGAAGUAGGAAGAUUGGGGCCCUCUGAUUAUUUUGGUGAAAUUGCACUUCUGAUGAAUCGUCCACGAGCUGCCACAGUGGUUGCUCGUGGCCCCUUGAAAUGUGUUAAACUGGACCGACCCCGCUUUGAACGUGUUCUCGGCCCUUGCUCAGACAUCCUCAAACGCAACAUCCAGCAGUACAACAGCUUUGUAUCACUAUCUGUCUGAAAUGUGGCUCCCUUGCUUGAGCUUAUGCUUCACCAAUCCUUUCCCUCAUUUGCAGUACUACAUUGGUCAUUGGCAUUGUCGCUUCCUUUCUGUUUUUAUAUAUAUAUAUAUGUGUGUAUGUAUGUAUGUAUG